UCCCGUCUAUUAUCAGCUGAUGCAGAUGGACAGAUUAAGUGCUGGCGCAUGAAAGACCACCUUGCUAACAGUUGGGAGAGUGCUGUGGGUAGCACAGUGGAAGGUGACCCAAUCGUGGCUUUGUCUUGGCUACAUAAUGGUGUCAAGCUGGCUCUGCACGUUGAAAAGUUUGGAGUCUCAAACUUUGGAGACAAAUUUUCUAGAGUGAAGUUUUCGCCAUCUUUGACGCUGUUUGGAGGGAAGCCAAUGGAAGGUUGGAUUGCAGUGACAAUUAGUGGCUUGGUAACUGUGUCAUUACUUAAACCGAGUGGCCAGGUCCUAACCUCCACUGAGAGUCUCUGUCGGCUGCGGUGCAGGGUGGCAUUGGCUGACAUUGCCUUUACAGGAGGUGGAAACAUUGUUGUGGCAACAUCAGAUGGGAGUAGCAGCUCACCUGUGCAGUUCUAUAAAGUCUGUGUUAGUGUGGUGAAUGAAAAGUGCAAAAUCGACACCGAGAUCCUUCCCUCUCUCUUCAUGCGCUGCACGACUGACCUGGCUCGGAAAGACAAGUUUCCAGCUGUGACUCACUUGAAAUUUCUGACACGGGAUAUGUCUGAACAGGUGCUGUUAUGUGCUAGCAAUCAGGCAAGCAGUAUUGUGGAGUGUUGGUCCUUGCGGAAGGAGGGCUUACCGGUUAAUAACAUUUUUCAGCAGCUGUCUCCUGUAGUUGGAGACAAGCCACCAAUGAUACUGAAGUGGCGAAUUUUGUCUGCCACGACUGACUUGGACCGUGUAUCUGCAGUUGCCUUGCCAAAGUUGCCCAUUUCUCUCACAAACACUGAUCUGAAGGUUGCUACUGAUACCAAGUUUUAUCCUGGCCUAGCUUUGGCAUUAGCAUUCCAUGAUGGCACGGUGCACCUUGUUCAUAGAUUAACCUUGCAGACCAUUGCUGUGUUCUACAGUUCCCCUUCUCAGCGUCCUGCUGAUGAGCAAGGCAUCAAGCGACAGCGAACAUCCAGUUCGUUGGUGCAUUUUAAGGCUAUGCAGCUGUCUUGGACAUCUUUAGCACUUGUUGGCAUUGAUAAUCAGUCCUGUCUACUCGAAUUGUUGCCAUGAAAGCUUCACUUUGCAAGUUGUCUCCCAGUACUGUCCCACGGGUGUGUGACUUUUAUGCCAAGCUUUUCCUUAUUGCCAUCAGCUCAACGAUGAAGUCUCUCCUGCGUCCCCAUUUCAUGCACACGCCUGACAAGAGUCCUGGAGACCGCUUGAGUGAAAUUUGUAUGAAAAAUACUGACGCAGGUAUUGACAAUGUGAUGCUGAAAGAAUUGAAGACUGAGGAAUUUGUGCUUGAGACGAGCACCUUGCAGCUUCUGCAACCACUCAUUCAGUGGGUUGGCGAUUUUGUCCUUUACCUGCUCGCCAGUGUGCCUAACCAGGGAUCACCAGUACGACCAGGCCAUAGCUUCCUGCGUGAUGGUGCAUCGUUAGGCAUGCUUAGAGAGUUGAUGGUGGUGUUUAGGAUUUGGGGGCUUCUGAAGCCAAGCUGUCUGCCUGUCUAUAUGGCUACAUCGGAUACUCAGGACAACAUGAUUAUUCUCUUCAGACUGCUGACCAAACUCUGGCUGUGCUGUCAAGAUGAAAACCACAUUACUGAACCAGAUGACUCUUUGAUUGAUGAAUGCUGCUUGCUACCUAGCCAGCUACUUAUUCCUGGUAUGGACUGGCUGCCAGUCAAUGAUGGCAUCAUUACCAAGCUUCAGAACAAGCAGCCAAUCAGAUUGCAGUUUGGGAAACCACCACUACUGAUGGGCCACAGCCUAACCGCACAGUUUGACCCCUUUACAAGGUCUCCGGGGCAACACAAAAUUGAUCACUUGCGGCGACUCCACUUAGGAGUAUGUCCAACUGAAGAGUGCAAAACGUGCACUAGGUGUGGUUGUGUUACUAUGUUAAGCUCUCCAAACAAGUCAACAGCAUUGAAACAGUGGGAGCAGCGCUGGACCAAGAACUGUCUGUGUGGAGGCCUUUGGCGAAAAAUGCCCAUGGCCUACUCGUGAACAUUUACAGAAGGAAGAGUACUUAGCUUUUUGUCAAUUAUGACAUCAGACCUUUAGUCUGCCAUAGUCUGGUUUGUAAAAGCUCUGACCUUGGCUGGGAUGAUGUGCUAGAGAUGUAUUAACUUUACACACUGAGAGUGUAACCCAAUUAAAUCUGUUCACUUUUUGGUUAUUGCCUGAGUUUAGGCCAGUCGGAUAUGCCAUUUUUACUGCUGGUAAACCAUGCUGAUGUUGAAGCUGGGUAAAUUUUGUAUUUUUUGGACAUGGCCUUUUCUGACUUAAGUGUUGCACUUUUACUUUUGUAUUCCUGACCAGUCAGAAAUGCAGUGUUAAUGCCCUCAUAAGUGUCAGAAUUAUGUCUUGGUUUAUUAGAAGGAGGGGCCGAAACUUUGCUUUUAGUUGCAACACCACUGGCUACUUUCCAUAAUGUUAUUGAUCCACAUUGUACCCAAGUGUGGAACACCAGCCCUUAUUUGUUUAUAGUACUGUAUCCUCCAUUCUUGUUAGACACUGUGGGAGGUUUGUGUAAUUUGUUGAUGUAAUUGUGGUUCACUUCACUUACAGAGAAAUUGCAUUUUUUAAUUGUAGUAAAAUACGGUGUUUAUUGA